ACCUGGAUGUUAAUCUGUAUAAAUUAUGCAUGUCUCUAGCAAAUUAAUCCCAAAUUCCUAUCUCUUAAUUAACAGUGAAUUUUCUUGAAGGACUGUGUCAGUCUUAUAACAGACAAUUCUUUUCUUUACAGAUGUGACUAGAUGAAAGUUUGAAGAUAAUCUAUGAUCCCAAAAUGGGAACUUUAAAAGGAAAUCUCCUGAGCCCGACCUCCCAACAUUGGUCCGCUUUAAGGACAGAUGAUGAUAUUCAGAAAGCUGUCUCAGAAUUUUUAGAUGAAGAAUCACCAAAACUCCACGGGAAAUCUUUUCAGGAGGGCAUCAUAGAAAUUUCUCACUGGUUGGGAUCUAUGAUCCAGCAGGAACGCGAGGGAUGGGCCUACAAAGUCAGAAUGGCCAUGCAGGAGAUCGAAAGCCAUCGGAGGGAAGCUCUCAAGAUACAGGGAGUCCUAAAUCAGUGUGCAGAACAGCUACAUAUCAUUUCAGAGUGCUGCAACAUGGACAAAGACAAGUUACUGAAAAUAGCAGACAAAGAACCUAAGCUGGCCUUGCCACUUUACAUUGAGUGUUUGACAGAUCUGAUUAACUACUUGGUUGAGGACAGAAUACAAUGUGUGGAGCUUUUACGUAGGAAAGAAAAUGACAAUUCAUCACUGUGUGAGAUGAUUAAAGAGCACAUACACAAAGAAGUCCUGAUUACCCAACAAAGCUUCUCAAGUCUCUCCCAACGUGUGACUGACCUAGAGGCUCUUAACAACAGCCUAACAGCCGAAAACCUCAAACUAAAGAAACUACUGAUGAGGAAAAAUGAUGAGAGGGAGAGGUUUCAUAAACACAUGAAUGCACAAGAGGAAUUUAGGCAUGAGAAAGUAGAACUAUUUGACAAAAAGCCCAAAUUCAGCCACCUGCCUCCCAUAGAAAGAAGUUCUCCUUCCUCCAUGCAAUCUGGCUCUUCUACUGACUCUGUCAUUCCUAUAUCAGAGGAAAAACUUCAUAAGCUAAGACACAGUGCCAAGAAACUUGAGAAUUCUCUGCAAGAUGCUCUGAAUCAGAUGGACUCUUAUCGCAAAGGUUCCCAAGGAAGCAUGAAGUAUAGCCAUGCUUCUAUGAUUUCGAACAAUUUCAAACUAAAGCCUCUACUUCUCAAUGGAGAAGAGGAAACCCCAGAAAAUGAUAAGUUUGUUACCUGGGCACAAAGCAAAAUGGAGGUCAGUGGCAAAACCAGUGAUUCACCAAGGGAGAAGAUAGUCAAAAGCUCUCUAGAUCAAGUCAAAGAGGUCAGGAAAAGGUCAAAACAAAUCCUCUAUUCCGACAGCAGACUCCGACAGGAAGAACGCGAGAGCCGUCGAAUUGAAAGGAUCUAUGCAAAUGAGUCCAAAAAAGCCUGCACCUUCCGCUCUCUUGUACGAUCCUUGGAUGAAAUGCGUCAGCGCAAAAUCAGUAAAGCAAAAGGUGGGAAAGUUUCUAAGUGUCUUAGAUGCCAGAAAUUAUUUACUCUAAAUGACAAUCAUAAGAAAGCUUGCUGCUACCAUCCUAGAACUAAAGAACGAGUUGAGGAGUACAAUAGCAAGGGAAAACUCCAGAGGGUCACAUAUGUCUGGCAGUGUUGUCAACAGGGCAUAGACAGUCAAGGUUGCAUCUAUGGCCAGCAUAUAUAAAUUCCUAACAUUUCAUUGGUCAAAAUUUUAAUUUAAAAAAUGAAGUCAUUUUUUGAUAAUUCAGACACAAAAUCAUUUAUGCAAAGUUGUUCCAUAUUACCAGCUUGAUAACUCUGGAGAGUUUAUUCAUCACUCACUUUUAAUGUAAUUCAUGAGUAAAUUAUAAUUAUCAGUAUUAUUUCAUCAGU